CCCGGAGCCAGUGAUGGAAUGUAACUAAGUACAUUUACUCGAGUACUGUACUUUACUACUACUUUAACGUGUUAAGUUAUAUAUUUUGUGCUAGUUUUUGGUUCGACUCUACAACCUUUAUAGACAAUUAUAAUUACUUUCAGGGGAGGAUUUUACAGGUACUUAAUCUGUAAUGAGCAUAUAAAAGGCAUCCACAGACCUGAUAAUGAUGCAGUAUGCCUUACAGGAGCCAUUCUGUGUAAUGAGUAGGCUACUUUAUACUUUAGGUAUAUUUUGCUGGUAAUAUUUCCAAAAAGUUAGGAUAUUAAAAAUUUAGAAAACAAUACAUGACAUAAUUUUUGUAUAUGACAAAAACAUCUAAAAAAGUAUCCUUUUAAAGUUACCCCUACCUUUAUAUUUACAAUUCAAGAAAACUUUAUGAUUGUUGGAAUUAUAACUAUUUUGACUUUUCGCUUCCCCUAUAACUGAGCCCUGCCUUGCAAUGCUUGUUGGUUUGUUUCACUAUUAUUGUGUGCACUGGUAAAAGUGAGCAUCACAGGGUGCACGGGUAGUGUGUGCUCCCCCCCAUGUAGGCAGCAGCCAGGGUUUGGUUUCCACCUGUGGCCCUUUGCUGCAUGUUGUCGUCCCCAUUUCUCUUCUUUCUCCCCUCUUUCCUGUCUAUUGUCACCUGUCCUACCAGAUAAAGGCAAAAAAGCCCCCAAAAAUAUAUCUUUAAAAACUGAGCGUCACACAUUGAAAACAUUAACUGAAAAGAUUUUAAAAAGAGCUAGCUGCUGGAAGUGAAACAAAGUGGACUUAAUUAGUUGUAGUUGUAGUUUGUUUGACUGGGGUUUAUCUUCUUGGCUCUUUUCUACAGCUGAAAGGUCAGCUAAAUUUACUGCAAUAUAAAAUACAGAUCUUAUAUAACUUAUUAUAAGUAUAACUUAUACACAUGUUUUAAUAUAUUAUGUAGUAAAGGCACUGUAAAGGUGUGUGUAGGUCAAAAAGGUUAUUCCUAUUUGAGAGUCCUGGACUAGUUGAAGACCUGGAAAAAGGUUCAGCACGGUCACCCCCUCCUCUCGUUUGUGUUGCACCUUUGCAUUAAUGUGGUCCCUUUGCUGGGCACCUAUGAGAAGGAAAUUGAGUUAUAAGUUGAAACAAGUUAAAAAUAUCCUUAUCCUCUGAAAUAAAUCAAAACAGCAUGGCAGCCCUAAGUUUAUUAACUCCCUACAGCUCAUCCAACCACUGAUUGUCCUCACAUGCUUUCUCUUUUUGGAUCAAUUCAAUAAAUGCAUAUUUUGGGUGCAACCUCUAAGAGACAUUUUUGCUUUUAUGAGAGAGUUUUGCCUCAAUCUUGGAGAACAGAAAAGGUGGUCAAACCACUUGUUCAUGGGUUAUUGUAGUUUACUAGAACUUCUGUUUUCUCUUCUGGAGGUUUCCGUAGACCACUAACCUCAGUGUCAUAUUCACUGUAUCAGCAUUGGAAUGCAAAACGUACUGUGCAUAUUAAUGAAGGCACAUUUUGCAAUUAACCACAGACAUUGCAUAUUUUCAAGACACACAGAGGUUAAGGUCUGGCAUUAGCAGUGGGGAGACAGGCUUCCAUAUAGGCCCAUAGAGAAAGAAUACAGAGAACAUGUACACAAGAAGUCAACUGAACAACAAUUAAAUCCACAGCAGGAAGUGACAGCCUUUUUUGGCUCAUUUUAAAAAAUGUUCACUGCAAAAGUGCCCAGAGAUUAACUCUAACUAACUCUUUAGAGUUAAUUUCUGGGUACUUUUGCAGAAUUUUGUGCACUGAAAACUUCAAUAUAAGUAAUAUUUUUUCUUUUUUCUCAGGACCCCCCGGGCCUUUGUAAAAAACAAACAAACUGAAGGCCAUUGAAGGGGUUAAUUAGUUCACGUGCUCCUGCACAACAGGCAUUGCUGUCUAAAUUUAAGAUCCUCAGCAGAAAGCCAGAGGAAGUCGGGAUGACUAUUGCUUCCCAGCUGAGAGAUGCAUUUCAUCCUCCUGCACGUUGGUUUCCAACCAAGAAAAGCAGACUUCUCACCCACUGGAUGCAUCAUUCUCCGGAUGAGCCUGCAGUAAAAGACGGACCAUCAUGUCAAGCUCUCCUGACACUCUACAGUUUUGUUUCCCCACCCACGGUGACUAUAUCCUCUGCAAAAUGAAUGCUCUAAGAAAGGAGCACCACCUUUGUGAUAUCACACUCCUCCUUGGGGGUCCACAAUGCUCCACUGUCCAGCCUUUCCAUUUCCACGGUCACAGAGUGGUGCUUGCAGCAUCCUCAGAUUUCCUGCGUGACCAGUUCCUGCUCCACGAAGGCCGUGCUAAGCUGAGUGUGGGUGUAGUUUCCAGUGUGGAAGUUGGCAAGAGACUUCUCCUGUCCUGUUACACUGGACUCUUAGAGGUGCCUCUGAGAGAGCUGGUGAGCUACCUGACUGCAGCCAGUGCGCUCCAGAUGAGUCAGGUGGUGGAGAAGUGUGCCCAGGCCGUCUCCAAGUACCUCAGUCCCACACUGGCUUUCUUGAAACUGGAGAGAAACUCAGAGGAGAAGGAGAUCCAGAAGCCAGGCAACCUCAAAAAUCUGGACGAAAGGGAUACAGCCCAGCCCAGCACCUGCAUCCAAGAAGCAAGUUCCAGGGAACGGGGAGUAGUUGUAAUUCAGUCCAAGUUGGGGGCCAGCCAGGACUCUAAAGUUGAUGGUCAAGGACUGAAGGAGGCCAAAGAUGAUGAGAGAGUGAACAUAGAAUUAUCUGAAGAUGAAGAAAUUCAGAUUGUUCACACAAACAAGUCAUCAGAUCAAGAUCACCACAUGGCAGGUUCUCUAAAAUGUAAUCUGCACCCUCCUACAGAUGUCCAGUAUGAAGAUUUGGUGGACAGUUCUCAGGACCAAGAUGAGGAUGCAGGGGAAGAGCAAAAAGAAGGGGAGGAAAUGUUUUUACUGGCAGCUGAACUGCAAGAAUGUGGAGAGCUGAUGGAGUCCAAUCUACUCUGCCGCUCGGGAGCACCUCUAUCAAAGACUCAUUGUUCUGCAGAUGAGCAGACAGAACAUUCAGACAGCAUAUUGAUCCAGAGGCCCUACCUUUGCAGGAGGUGUGACAGAGUCUUCCAGCACCUAGAGAGCUACGUGGGCCACCUGAAGGAGCACAGACAGUACUUGUGUUUGGUGUGUGGGAAAGGCUUUUCCCAGAAGAGUAACCUGACCCGCCACAUACGCGUCCACACUGGUGUCAAGCCUUUUCGAUGCCCGCUGUGCCACAAGACAUUUUCCCAGAAGGCCAUGCUGCAAGACCACUUCAAUCUGCACACAGGUGACAAGCCCCACAAGUGUAACUACUGUGCUGUGCACUUUGCACAUAAGCCAAGUCUCAGGCGCCACCUAAAGGACAUUCAUGGUAAGAGCAGCCUGCAAAAUGUGCUUGAGGAGGCUGUGGACUCAUGAUAAAGAGGCAGUUUAAGCACAAGAUUAGAUAAUGCAGUUGGUUUUAACUGUUGUAUAUUUCGAUACUAUUUUGGGAGCAUGUCAAAUAAAGUCCCAGGAAGCACAAUAAGCAAUAUGAGACAGAUUACUCUGACGUGGAGGCUAUUAAAGUUAAAGUAAAUCAAUUAAAUGUUUUUAUUAUUUUCCGAUUUUUCAGCAAAAUCUCAGCGAAUUGAUGACCUCACUUUCUGCUACACCAGUGUCUAACAUCACACUAAUGCAUUUGCUUGUAACAUCUGUCUAAUGGAAAGCAGUAAGGGUCCCUCUGUGCCUUCUGCAAUGUUUUCUUGAUCUCUCUGGGUACAGUACAGUGAAUUAAGUCCUGUAGCAUGCAGUGUACAGAUUUCAUUAUAUCAUCUGCCAUGUGUAAUAAUGAACUGAAUCUCAUAUAAAGUUGAGUUGUGCAUUGUGCCCAACAGUGUGCAGAGGGCUCCUACAUUUUAUAUUGGUUGUGUGUACAGUCAACUAACUGUGUGCCUCUGUUGCUCUACAACCAAAGAUAUGCUUUUCCAAGAAGAAAUAAA